AAAUCUCUUGUUAGAACAGGUGAUAGAAGCAAGUAAUCACCAUCAGUUUGUUUCCAGCUACAACUCUGCAGCCCAUCCAACCAAGCUUUGAAAUAAUGCAUCCUGGGAAUUUUCUUUUUUGUGAGAAACUUCUUGCUGAGUGUGGAAGAAGUCUUGCAGGAUGGAUGGGGAUUCCUCUCUGGAACGAUACUUAGACCAAUGUGAAGCUCAGGAUGGCCUUGACUCUACUCCUCAGAUGUACACUCCAAUGACUCCAUAUGAUGACCUAAAUAUCCAACCAGUCCCUGAAACUUCCUAUAGAUCUGAUCUGGACCAGUCCAAAGAUCUUUCUGCAGAUCUGGACCUGAGCUUUCUGCCUGAUGACUUAUCACCAAAUGAAGAAAAGAGCAACCUCUCCGAAUUGCAGGAUAGUGGAGUUUGCCUGGAUGCUUCUGGCCUCUCACAACCGUACACCCCCUGUGAGAACAGAGAUGCCUCCCAGGAUCCUUACGGCCUUCGCCCCAUGCCUAUAACUCCCAUGACACCCAUGACUCCAAUGACUCCUGUAGCAGAGUCCUCUGGGAUCAUUCCGCAGUUACAGAAUAUUGUGUCCACUGUGAAUUUAGCUUGCAGGUUAGACUUGAAGAAAAUUGCCCUCCAUGCCAGAAAUGCAGAAUACAACCCAAAGAGAUUUGCGGCGGUUAUAAUGAGGAUUCGGGAGCCACGAACAACAGCACUUAUAUUCAGCUCUGGGAAAAUGGUCUGCACUGGGGCAAAGAGUGAAGAGCAGUCGCGGCUGGCAGCAAGAAAGUACGCUCGAGUUGUACAGAAGCUGGGAUUCCCUGCCAAAUUCCUCGACUUUAAAAUUCAGAAUAUGGUUGGAAGCUGUGACGUGAGGUUCCCCAUACGGCUUGAAGGACUUGUUCUUACCCACCAGCAAUUCAGCAGUUAUGAACCAGAAUUGUUUCCAGGCCUCAUUUACAGGAUGGUGAAACCAAGAAUUGUACUACUCAUUUUUGUGUCCGGAAAGGUGGUAUUAACUGGUGCUAAAGAACGUGCUGAAAUCUAUGAAGCAUUUGAAAAUAUAUAUCCAAUCCUAAAAAGUUUUAAGAAGCAAUAAGUGCCUCAUUCAAGGCAAUUUUUGUUAUCCUAUGUUAUUUAUGUAUAUAGUUAAAAAAAAAAAUGCGUGAUUUGUAAUGAAAUUUCUUACUCUAUUUAUUUUUGAACUAGAAAUCUCACAGCACAUGGAUUUAAUAAAGACAAAUAUGAUC